AUGUUCACCUUUUUAUUUUUAGGCACCUCUACUAGCCACCAUCGAGUGAAACGAAAAAUCGAACAAACCUUUGAGACCAAGCAUAUUGUUGCCUUAUAUAAUAGGACGAGAAUUAAUGUCCCAACAUUAAGACAUCACUUACCCGGAUUCCUUUUCACAGACGCGAACAGAAACAAACACACUGUCAUAAUUGUUCGUGUACUUGCCACACAAGAUCGAGGGUCAAGAAGAACGGGUUUCAUAGAAAGAUUAAAUAAUGUAAUUUCUGCAAAACUGAAAAACGGGAGAUGUAUGAUGAGGGAAUAUAACCCUAGAACAAGACCAAACACUUGUUCGAAUCCAAGACACAUCGAAUAUUAUCACUGUACAGUUUUUAUGGAUGAAGUUGAAGAAGGGAUAAGUAUGGUUGAGUUCAAUGUCCAGAAUCAUAACGAUUGCAGACUUUCAGACAAAGGAUGGUUUACUGUUGGUGUUAGGGUUGACAAGACGAGAACAGGGGUCCAAGCAGGGACUGAAUGGUUUUUUGUCGAUCAUUUGCAAAGAUCAAUGUUAAUUGGUGGAAAUAGCUAUGUCUCAUCAUUAUUACACCACAGAGAAAAGCGAGACAUUGACAUGAAUUUUCAGAACAGGCAUAUUGUAGCUUUUGAAAGAGAAAUUAGAUACAGCAAGCUUAGAGGUUCAGUAGUACAGUACAUCAAAGGGCAGGAAAACAGGAGAAAACACACACUGAUCAUCGCUAAAGUAGAGAGCACAGAUAUCAAGAGCAAACGGAAAAAUGAUGUGACGAUAAAAUUGAAUCGGAUUGUGUCCCAAAAGUUAAUGCAAGGAAGCGAAUGCCAAAAAGUGCCCUAUAAACCCUAUGGAAGCUCAAAUCAAGGGGCCUCUGGACAAGGAAGAGGGGCACAGAAGAAAACAUGUCCAAAUUCAACAUCUCAGAAAUAUUUUCAUUGCAGCAUACUUCUGAAUGAAUUGGAAAGCCGUAUACUUAUGGCCGAGUUCGACUUAGAGAACAGUGACAUUUGUGCUUAUUCGGAAAAUGGGACUUUUACAGUUGGUGUAAAAGUCGACAAUACUCCCACUAAUUCGUUCUUUGUUGAUCAUUUAAAGGAGUCACAUUUGUUCCCUGAUAUAAAGACUUGCCAAACAUAAAGCUACAUGUAUUGAACCUGAAUACUUCAAAUGAUACAACUAUGAACGUCCAAGUUUUCGCUCGUCCACUUUCCAGUGUUUCUCAAAUCUGAAAGGAAAUUGUCGGACAUCAUAACCACAUUGACAGUACUUUUAUCGCAUUUUAAUUUCUUAAG